UAAGAUCAUGAUGUUCAUAACAUAACAGAAAUAUUUUGUUUUUUGGGAACCAGUCAUCUUCAUGCAAAUGGCCACGGGCCAACAUCAAAUCAAAAUUAUCUUCCUAAAUCCUCAAAUACUACACAAUAGAGAAAGAACAUGAUAAUGUCAAAUUAUAAAAGAAUAUACUACGAAUUGGUACAUUUACAAUAUGCAAACAUUCCUGUUCUGGUAUGGAUUUAAAUAACAGACGCUUAUUUUAGGAAAGGAUAAAAUUAUAGAUAUAUAAACCUACCUGCUUUUAUUUGAAAUCAACUACCAUACAUUGUCAGCAUGCAGAUGUCCGUGACUUUUGAGGUGACAUUUUGUGUGCGAGCUGACACACAUCCAGGAGAAACAGUAUGUAUCAUUGGUGAUUGUGACAUGCUGGGGAACUGGAAUCCCCACCGAGCUGUAAAACUAACUAGAGUUUCAAGUCCUAGACCUUCCAGGAAAGCUGAUAGCAAUGAUAAAAAUAACACCAAUGGAAUGAAUAUAUGGAAAAGAAAAGUUAGAUUGACAAAUGGGAUGCAUGAUUAUAAAUACCGGUACUUUAUUGCAAGAAUUGUUGAAUCUGAUAGUGAGGACUGUGAAACAACAGUAGAUGUCAGUAAAUGGGAAACUAAUAUAAGACAAAGAGUUUUCUCUCCUAGAGCGUACAUGGAUGAACCUACAAAAUAUGAAAAUACGAUUGAUACCUUUGGAGAAUAUGGACAGAAUAAGUAUGUGACAAAUGGCUGGCUGAUUGACAAGACAGAAAUACACAUACGACUACACAGCAACCCAAUAUAUAUGUGGAAAGCUCGUCACAGAACACAGUGCUACAGUAUCAAAUGUACUCCUUUAGACCAUCGAUUUAGAGAUACAAUAGAUGAAGAUGAAGAAGAUGAUUACCAACCACAUACUAUGCCUCCACAGACUUUUACUAAAGUGUUAGUUUCUACUUUGAAAAAUGAAAAGGAAAAACCUCGUGCACAAGAGUCUCAUGGAGAAAUAUACUGUCCCAGUGACUUCAUGAUAUUUUCAGCCAGAACAAUAGACCCAGAAUACUUGGGAUUUCAGUUUGAUUUCUAUGUGCAAUUCCCUGACAAGGAACCAAAGCAUGUUGGUUACAGUUAUUUGUUGCCCAUGGAAAUGAAACACUCCAAUGAUAUUAAAAACUUACCAAUCACAGGUCUUAAGCAUAAACCUAUUGGCCAGAUUAAAGUGGAUUACUUAUUUAUUAAACCACUGGUUGGUCUACCUAUGACAAUGGAAGUGUCAUACCAGAAUUACUGGAAGUUUGAAAGAGCUGCACUAGAUAUAGGACAUAAGGGAAUGGGAUCCUCAUAUAAGCAUAAAAAAUCAGAUGCCAUCAGAGAAAAUACUAUAACAUCCUUACAAUCAGCUGGCAGUCAUGGUGCUGACUUUGUGGAGUUUGAUGUAAUGUUAAGUAAAGACCUGAUACCAGUUGUUUAUCAUGACUUCCAUGUUCUUAUUACAUAUAGAAAGAAAAAGAGAGAUGAACUUGAAAACUUUAAGAUAUCUGUAAAAGAUUUGUCUUUAGCUGACCUCCAUUCUAUGCAGUUGUCGUCUGCUGAGCAUAAGAAGGAAGACCAUGAUGCCGAUGAUAAAUAUGAAGACCAACUUGACCACUUUGAUUUACAGCCAUUCCCUACACUAGAACGAUGUUUUGAUGCUGUGGACGAGCAUGUAGGAUUCAAUGUGGAAGUAAAAUACCCAAUGGAACAGCUGGAUGGAACUUUUGAGGAGAUCAACUUCUUCGACAGAAACAAAUAUGUGGACACAAUCUUGAGAUGUGUUUUUCAAAAUGCUAAGUGUCGAAGGAUAGUUUUCUCAAGUUUUGAUCCAGACACAUGUGUUUUGUUGAGAUUAAAACAGAAUAAAUAUCCAGUUUUAUUCCUGACAUCGGGAGAAUCCUUACUUCCAAAUGAUUACUCAGAUCCUAGGGCAAGCAAAGCCGCAAUGGGCAUCAGCUUUGUAAACUUUGCAGAUUUAUUGGGUAUAGAUAUUGGUUCAAAGUUCAUAUUACAACAUCCUGAAUUAAUUAAAGAUAUCAAGAAAUCUGGACAAGUGUUGUUUUGCUGGGGUGAAGAUAACAAUGAUUCUAAUGUGAUCAAUCAGCUGAGACAGUCUGGAGUUGAUGGAAUUAUUUAUGACAGAUGGAUGGUGCAUAAGGACGUAUCAGAAUUGUGGAUUAUUAGUGAUGAUAAGCAAAUAAUUGGAAUUGAUAGAUUCAAGGGUACAAAGGAGAAUGUAUUCAAGAUUGAAAAACGCCUGAAAGAUAGCACAGUUCUCCAGCCUGUAGAUGGGGAAGUUAAUGUUGAUGAAGUUAAUAAUUGCUCAACAAGCUUAAGUGAAUCAGACUUCAGUGAACCAAACACGUAACACAAAGACAUAGUCAUGAUAAUCAGAGCAGAUGUAACAGGUGGUUAGAUGUAAGAGGGCUGUCCAUGGUCAGUAGGAUUUUACAGAAAAAUCAGGGGAUAAAUAUCAGAUGCCCAUGGAAAGGAGGUUGUAAUGGCAAAACCUCUCCUCAACUGUAGUGUAUAGAUGACGAUUGUCUAUCCCAUCACUCCCCAGUCAUAUUUUUUUAAAUCCAUUCUCUGUUUCUUUAAUGCAAAGGAAAAAAAAUACAUCUCUUGAAAAAGACUCUUUGUUCUGGUACACAAUUAUUAAUGCUCCUCUAAUUCAUAGAAUAUUUCAUUUUGUAAUUCUAUCUGAAUGGCUGUUACAUGUUUGUAAUUUGUUUCUAUCUACUGGUAUGUAUUUUGUCCUUGUUUGUAAAAGGUAAGACUUGAGAUUCCGUAUUAAACAUAAAGAUAAAGAGAUUAUACAUUAUGAAAUUAAUAUACAAUAUUUUGUGAAGUAUAUAUAAAUCAUUAUAUUUUGCCUAAUAGAUAUUUUAAUGCUUUUACAAAAACGGAAUCUCAAAAUUGAGCUAUUUGCCAUUGUGCGUCUCUUUUUUAGUAUUAAAAAAGAAUUAAACAUUGUAGUUAUAAACAAAUUUCUCUGCAAAGUUUAAAUUUGUCCUAACUAUUGUUUGAGAUUUCAAUAUAGCUAUUUUGAUAUCAACAGAUCAAGUGCUGGUCUCAAUUUAGGAAAUUAGUUAUUGUCUUUGAUUAUGUAGACUUUGGUAGUAAGUUAUCAACAGUUUAAUUAUUAGUAAUGUUUAUUGCCCUUAUUUUUAGAGAAUUGAAUGUUAAUGGUAUAUUUUUUAUAGUAUGUUAAAUUAAUUUAGUAAUGUUAUUGUCCUUAUAUUAGGGAAUUUAACGUUGAUGACUUAACUUUGAUUUAUGUUAAAUUUCUGUUCAAUAAUUUUGUAAAAGUAAUUGUUGAGAUUUGACAAUAUUUUAUUUUAAAAUAUGUAAAAUUAUGCAAAAUUAUUAUGGACAUCAUCAAAAGUAUGACUUGGUGAUUGAUGAUUUUCUGUGUUAUUGUGGGCAUUGCUAUGUAUGUGUUUUACCAAAUAUUUAGUGUAUUGCUAUAACUGUAGAUUCAUUUACUCCUCUUCCCUCUUUGGUGACUGCAGAAAGGUUUAUUUCCUUUUUACAAAAUUUAAGACAGACAGCUAGAUACCAUAAACAUACUACGUAUACACAAGCCAGAGUCUGAGCUUGAUUUGCUAUAUGAUAUAAAAACUAAACUGACGAAAAAAGGUCAUUUAUUCAAAAUCAUAAAAUGCAAAAAAUACAUUUUGCAAAUAAAACAUUUGACAUAAAAGUUCAUAUUUAAUAUGAAAUAAUAAUAUAAUACAUAAUUACUACGAAAUUACAUCAACUAAUAUCAUGUCAAUUGAAUAAAUGACAAAGAAUAGCAAAGGUGGGGAGAAAAACCUGCCCCAUAAAUAAACAUAUUUACAUAUCUACUUCAAAAGAUAAUAUAAAGGGCGGUAUGUGGGUGGGAAUUUUGAACAAAUUGUUUGAUAAAAAUCACAAGUUAACACAUCAAAUGCUGAUGAUAAAAGAAAGUGACCACAAUGCACUUACACGUGAACUCGUGCUGACCCACAAUGCCAUUGACUAAUAAGAAAGAUGAUAUCCGGUCAUGCAUUGGUCAUAUAAGAAAUUUCUCUGCACGUGAAAACAAGUUAUCUAAUUUCAACAAUUUAUCGUUUAAUUAAUUAGGACACUCUGAUCCUUUGACCAGACUAGAGACAUUAUACAUUUACAGUAAUAAUAGCUCACUCUUUUAUUAAGUCGGUUAGUAAUAACUAAUUAAACAGAAUUAUCUUCUCUGCUGUCUUAAAUUAUUUUAUUCCGCUUAAUUUUCAAUUAGCAAAUAAAACUGGUUAUAUUAUUACAAAACAAUAUGCAUUUUUAAGGAUUCAUUAUUGAUGGAGGCAAAUGGAAACUACUUUAAUCCAUGAAAAUUUCAUUUUGACCAAUUUAUAUAGUUCUAGUAUUACAUAUUAGAUUUAUUGAGGGUUUCUAAUUUAAGUAUUUUGGAUUCAUUUAUUUUUGUUUUAGAAGAAAAAUGAUAUUUUGUGUAUAUUUUAUAUCAUGGUUUUGACAAAAUCUGAAUACAAGCUCAUAAAAACAUAUUUCUUGAUGGACAUUGAAAUUAGUGGUUCAUCUUUACCCAUGGAAUCCACUAAAAUUGGUAUCCUAUAUAUAGUAAGGAACCCGCAAUAUCACAGUUGAUUCAAUUAGAAAAUCUCCUGUGGUAAAUAAUGUUUACACUGUAUGUAUGUGGUUGUUAGUCAUGUUAGCAAUUUUAAACUAUUGAUAAAAAAACACAUCUUUCUAUUGAUACUCAAUACAUGUGGAUAUAUAUAUGACAAUGUCAUCAGAGUGUUACCUAUGGGAACUCUUGGAAGCCUCAUAUUGAGAUUAUAUAGUUAUGCAUGUACAUA